AUGGAAAAAACGUUGGAAAAAAGUUCAUGUAUUGAAAAGAAGGAAACAAAUGUGGAGCUUCUGACUCCGGCUGAAUUUGAACAAAUUUCUGUUAGCGAGGAAAGCGAUGUAGAAAAGUCGUUUAGAUUACCUCGACGUGUUCAUUUCUCUCAGUUGCGUGAAAUUCGUCAUAUGCCACUUUCAAUAGCUGAUGAGGCCAAGCAAGCGCGACUCCCUUAUUCGGGUGCUCAAUAUUUAUGUGAAUAUCUUCCACGCAGUUUCAAAUAUAUCUUCCUUUUAUCAAUAAUGUGGAUCAUCUCAAGUGUUUUCUUAGUAACCGAAUAUUCAAUCUCGACAUAUGGUGCAUUGCUCGCUUUGCUAUCAUCAUUUCUAUAUGCUUUAUAUCUAGUGAUGUUUUCUUAUUUUCAGUAUCAAGGUCUCGAUAUUGAUAUAAAUUUUUUGUUAGGCUUUGUGGGCGUGAUAACGUUGUUUUUAUAUGCACCUGUGAUGUUAUCUCUCGAUUAUUUCAAAAUCGAACCGCUAUUUCCAUUACCAAAUUUUUAUCAAUUCUCCAUAAUAAUUUUGAAUGGGGUUAAUAAUUUAUUUAGCGAUUUUUUAUGGUUGAAAGGAACGAUUUGGACUAGUUCGCUCGCUAGUUCUAUAUCAUUAUCGAUGUGUAUACCAUUAUCGUUCAUAGCAGAUACUGUGAGUUUUUUAAUUUUUAAAAAUUGGUCAUUUGAUUAG